AGUCUCCAAAAUCCCAUAAUAAUACUCAAAUCCCGUCCGUCCCACCACCACAGUUGAAACUGAGAGAGAAAAAAAGACCCACCCCCGCAUCCAUCUGGGCCUCUGGUCCCUCCCCCUCCCUCACUCCCUUCUUGUCUUCUGCUCAAUCGGAUCUUAAAUCUCCAUAACUCCGCUUCCUUCUUCUAUACUGUGGAAUCACACACACGCACACACACACACACACAUACACAUAAUUAUAUAUUGGACUCCGUAUAUAUUUUACGCAGCAGAACAUUUUUUUGCAAUAUUUUCUCAGAUCUCAGUAAUCUGGAACUAUUGGGAUUGUGAGAUUAGGAGUAACUAUAAUUGGAUAGAUGGCUUCCCCUGGCAAUCCAAAUCAACCAGGUGGAGGACCAUUUGAUAUGCAUAAAUUCUUCAAGCCCUCUUCACCGUCAUCUGCUGCUGCUGCUGCUGCUGUUGUCCCCAACCCUACAUCUUCUACUCCUACUCCUCCUCCUUCUUCUUCCCCCAAUCCCCAAAACCCUAAUAACCCUAAUUUGAUUUCUGGCCCAUUCCCACCUCCUUCCGCCUCUUAUCCACCUCCUACUGGUGGCGCCCCUGGUGGGGCCUACUCCUACGCUCCUCAGACCUCGCCUUUCCACCACCAUCCUCCGCCCCAAUUUCACCACCACCACCACCAUCUUCCCCAAUUUAGUAACAGUGGUUCUAAUCCUCCACAACUUCAGCCGGAUCCCUCCUCUCAGUUUACUAGUAAUUUGCACCAGCAGAGGUCCAUGUCCUUUCCUACACCCCCGCUUCAGCCUCCUCUUUCUGGCCCUCUCCAUCACCAGUUCCCCCAAAAUCCCGGUAAUAAUAACAAUAAUGUUGGCAACAGCAGUGGGAGUAAUGCCACUAACCAGAAUCCAGGGGCGAGGCUGAUGGCUUUGUUGAGUGCUCCGCCUUCUACCCUCGAAAUCCCGCCACAACCAGCCAUGCCAAUGCCUCCCAUUCAGCCUACUAACUCUGGGGGAUCAGAUUUUUCCAACCCCCAAAGUUUGCCCAUGAUGGGUUCUGGCCCGAAUGUGGGUUUUCCCCAUCCGGGGCCAAUGCGGAUGCCGAGCAGUAAGCUGCCAAAGGGGCGGCAUUUGAUAGGUGAUCACGUGGUUUAUGACAUUGAUGUUAGGUUGCCGGGUGAGGUGCAGCCUCAGCUCGAGGUUACUCCAAUUACCAAGUAUGGUUCAGACCCUGGUCUGGUUCUUGGAAGGCAGAUUGCGGUGAAUAAGACUUACAUUUGCUAUGGACUCAAAUUAGGAGCCAUUCGGGUUCUCAAUAUCAAUACGGCAUUGAGAUCCUUACUUAAGGGCCUUGCCCAGAGGGUCACAGACAUGGCUUUCUUUGCUGAGGAUGUUCAUCUUUUGGCUAGUGCAAGCGUAGAUGGGCGUGUAUAUGUUUGGAAGAUUACUGAAGGUCCAGAUGAGGAAGACAAGCCCCAAAUUACUGGAAAGAUAGCUAUUGCAGUUCAGUUCACCGGAGAAGGUGAAUCCGUUCAUCCACGAGUCUGUUGGCAUUGUCAUAAGCAAGAAGUUCUUGUUGUUGGCAUUGGAAGGCAUAUCCUGAAGAUUGAUACCACAAAGGUCGGAAGAGGAGAAGCAUGUUCAGCAGAAGAACCACUCAAAUGUCCUGUUGAUAAGCUGAUUGAUGGAGUACAACUUGUUGGGAACCAUGAUGGAGAAAUAACCGAUCUUUCAAUGUGUCAGUGGAUGACCACUCGUUUGGUGUCUGCUUCAGUGGAUGGCACGAUAAAGAUAUGGGAAGAUCGCAAGAUGCUUCCAAUUGCUGUGCUGCGGCCACAUGAUGGUCAGCCGGUUAACUCUGUUACAUUCCUUGCUGCCCCACACCGUCCAGAUCAUAUCAUACUCAUCACAGGGGGUCCCUUAAAUAAGGAAAUAAAGAUAUGGGCAUCAGCAAGUGAAGAGGGCUGGUUGCUUCCCAGUGAUUCUGAAUCUUGGCAUUGUAUUCAGACUUUAGAGUUGAAGAGUUCAGCUGAAGCCCGUAUCGAGGAGGCAUUCUUUAAUCAAGUUGUUGCAUUGUCUCAAGCUGGUCUUCUCUUACUAGCAAAUGCCAAAAAAAAUGCUAUAUAUGCGGUGCACUUGGAUUAUGGUCCAAACCCAACAGCAACCCGAAUGGAUUAUGUAGCAGAAUUUACUGUCACCAUGCCAAUAUUGAGUUUUACUGGGACUAGUGAUUUGCUACCUCAUGGUGAACAGAUUGUUCAGGUGUAUUGCGUCCAGACACAGGCUAUUCAGCAGUAUGCUCUGGAAUUAUCCCAAUGUUUACCACCCCCAUUGGAUAAUGCAAUGCUCGACAAAGCAGACUCUAUUGUAUCUCGUGACGCUCUCAGUAAUGAUGGAUAUGUUUCUUCUGAGCUCUCUGAAAGCAGAGCAACCGAAAUACCUUUAUCUGGUUCUGCCCCAAAGCUCUCCAUACGAGACAUUGGUUCUGAGAAUGCAGCUCCUGUGAUACAUCCAGUCAGUUCAGUUUCUGUUGAGUCAGUUACCUCACAGGAUUUUGUUGCUUCAAGUAUGGAAUCUAAACCAGUUUCUUUGCCAGCAGUAACUGCUAAUGCUGAUAUUGCUUCCAUCCCAUCUCCUCCACUUCCUUUGAGUCCUAGGUUGUCUCGUAACCUAUCUGGUUUAAGAAGUCCCUUGAAAAGCUUGGACCCAGGGUCCUCAUUUAGCGAUCGUGGUGGAGAUGCAAAAAUCAUUGAGUAUUCAGUUGACAGGCAAUUGGAUGCAAUUCAUCCAACUUUGUCUGAUGUUCCUUCAUUGGAUGGUGAAUCUAGAAACGAAGAAAGUAAGGUUCUGCGUGAUGAUAUUUCCACUACUCUCAGUCAUCCUGUUCAGUUCAAGCACCCCACUCAUCUUGUGACACCUUCUGAGAUUUUGAUGGCCAAUUCUUCAUCAGAAGUUAACCACAUUAAUGAGCAGAAAAGCGAGGGUGAAUUAAAUAUUCAAGAUGUAGUAAUCAACACUGACGGGCGAAAUGUCGAAGUGGAGGUUAAGGUUGUGGGUGAAACUAGAUUUAGUCAGAAUAGUGAUAUUGGUUCUCAUGAAGAACUUCACAAUUUUGUAUCAGAAAACAAGGAGAAGUCAUUUUACUCUCAAGCCUCUGAUCUUGGAAUAGAGAUGGCUCGAGAAUGUCGUGCCUUGUCUCCUGAAACUUAUAUUGUGGAGGAAACUAGACAAUUUGACGCUGCUAGUGGAAGUGAGACCCCAGCUCAACCUUCAACUACUGAAGAGGAAGCCCGUGACUCUGCAAAGGAUGUAUCUGGAAAGAUUGCCGAUUCGGCUAUUCCUGCACCUGUUCAACAGACGACAGCAUCAAAUUCAAAAGGAAAAAAACAAAAGGGGAAGAACAAUCAAGGAUCUGGCCUAUCGUCCCCAUCACCCUUCAAUUCCACUGAUUCUUCCAAUGAAGCCGGUGCAAGUUCAACUAUUCCCUCUGUAGAAACUGUAUAUUCGCAAAUUCAGGCAAUGCAAGAGUCGAUAAAUCAGCUCAUGAGUAUGCAGAAAGAUGUGCAAAAGCAGAUGAAUAUGAUGGUUGCUGUCCCUGUUACCAAAGAGGGCAGAAGACUUGAGGCAGCCUUGGGGAAAAACACAGAGAAAGCUGUCAAGGCCAAUGCCGAUGCACUCUGGGCUCGUCUUCAAGAAGAGAAUGCAAAACAAGAAAAGUCAUCACGUGACCGCACACAGCAAAUUGCAAAUCUGAUUACUAGUUGUUUGAACAAGGACUUGCCAGCUAUGGUGGAGAGGGCUGUUAAAAAGGAAUUAGGUGCUGUUGGUCAAGCUGUAGGAAGGACAAUUACUCCCAGUAUUGAGAAAGCAGUAUCUACUGCUAUUACAGAAGCUUUCCAGAAAGGAGUUGCUGAUAAAGCAGUUAAUCAACUCGAGAAGUCAGUCAAUUCUAAACUAGAAGCUACUGUUGCUCGGCAAAUCCAGACACAAUUUCAGACUUCUGGAAAGCAAGCUCUCCAAGAAACUCUCAAAUCGAGUUUGGAAGCUUCAGUUAUCCCAGCCUUUGAGAUGUCUUGCAGGUCCAUGUUUGAACAAGUUGAUGCUACAUUCCAAAAAGGAAUGGGUGAGCAUGCAACUGCAGCAUUGCAACAAUUUGAUUCAUCACAUUCUCCAUUGGCACUUGCUUUAAGGGAUGCUAUUAGUUCAGCAUCAUCAAUGACUCAAACUCUGAGCAGUGAGUUGGCUGAUGGUCACAGAAAGUUGUUAGCUCUCGCUGUUGCGGGAGCAAAUUCAAAAGUUACCAAUCCACUUGUUAGUCAGCUCAGCAAUGGUCCAUUGGCUGGUCUACAUGAAAAGCUUGAGGCACCGUUGGAUCCUACUAAAGAGCUUUCUAGGCUUAUAACUGAACGUAAAUAUGAGGAGGCUUUCACUGCAGCCCUGCAGAGAAGUGAUGUUUUUAUUGUUUCGUGGCUGUGCUCCCAGGUUGACUUGCAGGGGAUCUUGUCCAUGAAUCCUCUACCCUUGAGCCAAGGGGUUCUCCUUUCUCUUUUACAGCAGUUAUCAUGUGAUGUCAGCAAGGAGACGCCAAGAAAAUUGUCCUGGAUGAGGGAUAUAUUAUCUGCGAUAAAUCCUACUGACCAAGUGAUUGCAGUUCAUGUGCGUCCUAUCUUUGAGCAGGUUUACCAAAUAUUAAACCAUCAUCGCAGCCUUCCAUCAACUUCAGGUGCUGAUCUUUCCGGUAUCCGUCUAAUCAUGCAUGUCAUCAACUCCAUGCUGAUGACCUGUAAAUGAUACCCGAAGUAUCGCCAUAAUAAUGUGGACAUAAGGUCGAAGGAGAAGGAUUUGUACAAAGUUUUAGGGACUGUUAUGGAAAGGGAUCUGGUUAUGUAGAGUAAAGUACAAUUCCUUUAUUAUCCAUUCCCCCCCCCCUCCCCCCGGCUCUUCCUAUUUUUCUUGUAUCGUCUUGCAUAUGAAAACGUUAAAAUUUGUGCAGUAAUCACUGUGGUUCUCGAGUUCUGUUGAGUCUUUGGUUGAAAGGUCUGUGGAUAUGAGGUUUUGUAUCUAUAGAAAUACCAGCAUCUCAUCUGCAACAAAUUCUAAAUGAGGGAUUUAUUUUUUCUGUUUAAUACAAUAAUUGGAAACUUUU